AUGCUCCAUAAUCGCGUAUCGCCAAUCUACAUUAUGAUCAUGGGAUACAAUAUUCUUCGUCUGUGUUCUUGUGCAGGUUCAUUCGAAAUACGACUGGUUUCGUUGACAGUUGGCUCAAAAGAGGAGUUUCGUCCUGAGCUGAGGAUUUGUCUCAAACAUUUUGAGAAACGUAUUAGCUAUAAUGGUGAAUGUACAUUCGGUGAAGUGACACUUGAUGCAGAACGCUUACGUAAUGGGACAAAGAUUGAAUUUCAGUUUGAGUAUAUAAAGAAAUGCAUUCAUCGUGAGGGAUAUCCCACGAAUUAUUUUGAUAUAAAUUUUGGCAAAGAAGCAGUAACUCAUGAAGCACUAAUAAUAAUUAAAGCGGAAGACUACAUUACUAGUGGGUAG